AUGGAAGAUGAUGAUCCUGUUUGUCUUAUUUUUAAAAUCAGGAUGAGGCCUAGGGAGAAAUUGUUUUGGUGGAGAUUGUAUAAAGACAAUAUCCCAACUAAUGGUUGGCUUUGUAGACGGGGUCUUUCUACUGAUUCUUCUUGUCCUUUGGGAUGUGGUGAGGUGGAGGACAUAAAUCAUAUUACAUAUAAUUGCAAGAAGCUCCGAGAUGUCCUAACUGUUCUGGAAAACUGGGGAUUGGUGGUUCCUCGGUUUUGUUCAUUUGAUGAGUUAUGGGACUCCAUUGGGAAGUUUGCUGAUGUGAGGGAAAGUUGGGUGCCGCUGUAUUGUGUAGCUGUUCAUCAGAAUUGGGAUAACAGGAAUUCUGUUAAGCAUGGUAAAGGUGGCUGUUCUCCUGCAUACUUGGCUGCUAAUAUAUUGGAGGAAGCUUUUCAUGUUGGUAGCAGGCUGGACUCUUUUUCUGGUCCUGGAGACUUUGGUCUUGGGGCAGAUUCACCUAGCGCAGCAAGUGUUUUUGGGAAAGACAGAGGCCCAUUCUUUGAUUCAGUUCCAAGCACUCCUCUCUUCAACUCUGGCUUCUCACCCAAAUUUAAUGAAGGACUAGAUGACCACUCUUUCAAUACCUUCAGUCGAUUCGAUUCUUUCGGCAUGAACGACAGCACCUUCCCCUCGAGCGGAACCCUAGCAAGAUUCGACUCAAUGCGCAGCACAACCGAUCAAUCGCAUGAUGCCUUCUCUAGAUUCGAUUCCUUCCGCAGCAUGACCGACACACCAAGAGAGUUUUCAAGAUUUGAGUCCACGAUCGGCACAGCCGAAUCUCCUCGCAAAACCAUAGCGAGAUUCGACUCGAUCCAAAGCACCGCUGAUUAUAAUCAUGGAUUCUCCUUCGACGAUCCGGACCCCUUCGGAUCCGGGAUCUUCAAGACCUCGGAGAGCCAUACCCCCAAGAAGAACAGUGAUCCAUGGAGCUCCUUUUAACGAACUGCAUUCCCAAUGUCAUGUCCAAGGAGUUCCAUUGCAAUUCCAGUAAGAUUUGUCUCCAAUUUUGUGUGCUAUAUUAUCAUGCUUUUGUGAAUGCGUUUGUUGCAGCUUUGGGGCUUUUCUUUUCUUCAGAUUAUGUUGUCUUUCUUUAUUUGUCUAUUUUAUAGCUUGCCUGUGGAUGAAAAUAGAUUUUCUCUUAAUUUUUUUUUUUCUGAAGCCCUCUCAUUUUUUUUUUCAUGAUUUAUGGAUUGUAACUAAAAAGGUUGAUCAUUUGAACUAUAUAAAUACUUAAGGACUUCUGGUUAUGUAAA